AUGGCUCGAUUCAGCAGAAAAAGAAGACGCCAAGCGCGAUCAGCUACUACUGAGCAACCUGACGGCUCUACGCAAUCAGCCAUUCGACCUGGCGACAACCGAGUUACUAUCAAGGAGAAUGAAAAGUUCAAAAACUACUACAAGAGCCAAGGCAUCUUGUCCGAUGAAGAGUUUGACCAAUUUUACUCGUCCUUGCAAAUGCGACUCCCGAGUACCUUUCGUAUCACCGGCACGAGAAGCCAUGCUCGUCAAAUCCAGCAAUUGAUUGAACAAGUCUAUGUCCCUGCCAUGAAAGAUGUCACUAUCGAUGGUGUCCAAAUGGAACCCCCCAAACCGCUCCCAUGGUAUCCGGAAGGUCUCGGCUGGCAAGUGCACGCUCCACGUCUUGUAAUCAAACGUUCUCCCGAAUUUUCAAAGUUCCACAAGUUCAUCGUCACCGAGACUGAAGUGGGCAACAUCAGCCGUCAAGAAGCUGUCAGCAUGAUUCCACCUUUGUUAAUGGACAUUCAACCUCAUCAAUGGGUCUUGGAUAUGUGUGCUGCACCAGGUUCCAAAACAGCACAAAUUAUCGAAGCUGUGCAUGCCAAUGACAAGUUGAACGAGAUGCCAGCCGGUCUCGUCAUUGCCAAUGAUGCGGAUUACAAGCGUAGCCAUCUUCUUGUGCAUCAAUCAAAACGUUUACAAUCCCCCUGUUUUCUUGCCACCAACCACGACGGUGCUUAUUUCCCAAACAUACGGCUUACCAAAGGCGGAUCACCAAUUAGAUUUGACCGUGUCUUGUGCGAUGUCCCUUGCAGUGGCGAUGGCACCAUGAGAAAAAACGAUAGGAUAUGGGCUGAAUGGGGACAAGGUGCUGCUUUGGCUCUUCACAAUGUCCAAGUGCAAAUUUUUUUGCGGGGUGCCCAGUUGACAAAGGUUGGAGGCCGCAUUGUCUAUUCAACAUGCUCUUUCAAUCCAGUGGAAAAUGAAGCAGUGGUAGCUGAAGUAUUACGCCGUGCAAAUGGCGCAUUGAUAUUGAAAGAUGUCUCGGACCAGUUGCCGGAACUCAAACGUAAACCAGGUCUCACGUCAUGGAAGGUGAUGACCAAAGAUGGACAAUAUUUGGAUUCGGUGGAUGAUAUUCAAGAUGAAGCUCAACGUAAACGAUUCCCAACAUCGCUAUUUCCACCCGUGAAUGAUGGAGAUUCGUUGCAUUUGGAAAGAUGUCUUCGUAUCUACCCCCAUUUGCAGGAUACCGGAGGAUUUUUCGUUGCGGUGUUUGACAAGGUGAAGCCUAUGUCCAGUGCGGAGGAGCGGAUGCAUAACAUGUCAACCCCGGCACCACAAUCUCAUGUUGAAGAGGGUGCUGAACAACAAAAAGAGGACGGCGAUUUGGAUGACGAUACAACUGCUGUGGUACCAAGCAAGCGAUCUGCGAAUGAUGAUUCCGAGGACCCAAGCACUCAAUCAGCAUCUACCAUCAAAAAGAGCAACGAUGUCCCAUUCGAUCUAAUGCAACCAGAUAAUGCAGAGAUUGUAGAUAUCAGCAACUUUUAUGGUCUAGGCCCUGAUUUCCCAAGGGAUCAAUUCUUGAUACGUUCUGAAGGCAAAGAUAAGACCAAGACCAUCUACUUCAUAUCAUCUGCUGUGCGUCAGCUGUUGGGCUCCCCUGAAGUGGUUCGUCGUCUCAACAUUGUUAUGACGGGCGUGCGUAUGUUUGUACGACGCAUGGAUGGCCAAAUGGAUGAGAAUGCUGGCAAGACACCCUAUCGCUUAACAUGGGAAGGCUUGACAUUGGUGGAUGAUAUUGUCAAUGAUCGUCGCAGAGUGCGCUUACAAUCGCUUGGCGAGCUAAGAACAUUGCUUACAGAAGCAUAUCCCAAGAUUGAACAAUUCGAGCCCCCGACAAUUGCAAGAUUGGAAGCAAUGGAGCUUGGGGGUUGUAUCUUUGAUUAUGAUACCAAAGCUACGAUCGACGCUAAUGUGGACCAUGACCGGCCGCAAGUGACAGCAGCAGUGGUUCCUAUGUCUCUUCCAGUAUGGCGGGGUAGAGUGUCGCUGAGUCUACUAUUGAAUAAGCAGGAUAAACGAGCAUUGUGUCAAAGGAUCUUUGGUGUGAUUCCCGAAGGCACGCCUGAACAUCUCAAGGAAAAAUCAGCAGCCAAUAAUCAACAGCUCAGGGCUACAAGCACAUCCGCGGAUGCCUUGUUGGUAGCGGACGAAUGA